AAUAAAUGACUGGCGAGACGAGAUGUCGGCCAUUACAUUAAUAUAAAAUCGAUUACGUUGAAAGCCGUAAAUAUACUCUAAUAUUGAAGAAAAUAAGUAUAUACAGUUAAAAUCAGAUUUAAAAAUGAACUCAAAAAGUAGAAGUAACUAUAAUGAGGAUCUCUUUGAGUACAUUAGAGUCAGUGAAGACGAAGAUGACGCUAAUGCUGUAGAAAUUCCUUGCGAACUUGAUGGCGCCUUACUUCUGUCAACGCUAGUAGCGCAGUUUCCUGGAGCAUGCGGCUUGAAGUACCGUCAUCCUGAAAGUAAAUCUGUCCGUGGAAUUCGUUUGAGUGAUGGCAAGCUUCACCCUCCAAAUGAUGCCGGCUGGGGUAAGCAUCUUUAUAUUUGCGUUUUCCCCAAAGAAAACAAACGUAAGAUGGAAGAUGUCUCUCCAGAGAACUCUGCUGCAAAAACAAAACGUCUUGAGAAAAAACUUACCUGUUCUGAUUUAAUAUGUCUUGGAUUACCAUGGAAAUCAACAGAAGAGUCCAUAAGGCAAUACUUUGAACAAUUUGGUGAAGUUGUUAUGGUUCAGCUUAAGAGGGAUAAAAAUGGUACCUUUAAGGGAUUUGGCUUCAUUCGCUUUGCGACAUAUGUAUCUCAAAUGAGAGCUUUGGCUCAAAGGCAUAACAUAGAAGGGCGUUGGGUAGAUGUGCGAAUUCCUAACUCCAAAGAAGGAGUAGUUCCUCAAAUGCCAUGUAAAGUAUUUGUUGGAAGAUGUACUGAGGAUAUGACCGCUGAUGAUCUUCGAGAUUAUUUUUCCAAAUUUGGAGAGGUAACAGAUGUCUUUGUUCCAAGACCAUUCCGAGCAUUUGGAUUUGUCACAUUUUUGGACCCCGAAGUAGCUCAAAGCCUAUGUGGUGAAGACCAUGUUAUUAAAGGAGCAUCAGUGUCUGUUUCCAGUGCUGCACCAAAGAUUAAAGCUAAAUCUAACCAAAAUUGGAAGGAUGAUGGUUAUGGACCUAAUAACUGGGAUGGAAACAGAUCAGGUCCUUCUGGGGGAUCAAAUAAUUCUGGUGGAAGUAGUAACAUAGACUCACUAAAUAUGCAAAACUUGGGCAUCAAUCCAAACGGAGGCCCACCGGCCAACUUCAAUUUACCUAUAAGUCUUGUAGCAGCUGCAUUAAAUCAAGCAGGAUGGGGAGGAUUUCUCGGAGGACCUGGUAAUGGGGGCCCUAAUUGGCAAGGGGGUCCACCUCAAAGCAAUUCAGGAAAAAAUUGGAAUAGCAAUCAAAAUUGGGGUCAGAGUGGUCCUCCUCCAUCAUGGAACCAAGGAGGUGGCAACCAAGGUUGGAAUGGCAAUAAGAGUGGCAACUGGAGCCAAGGGAACUGGUCAAACGGGCAAGGUGGCUGGGGAGGUAACGGCAACAACGGGUCAGGCCCUCCUGCGUCAAGCAGUGCAUGGAACAACAACAAGCCCCAGACAUGAGGUGAGCAAGUACUGCAGUGGUACAUGUUGGCUCAUAUAUGUUUAUAUGGUCAUCACUAGCUUAAGAUCAGAGUGUUAUCAAUGAAUUAUUAUUCCAAAUUCAAAGUCAAACAACAUGUAGAAUUACUUAACUUUUAAAGUGAUUUUAAUAACACAUGAAAAAAAAUAUCUCAUGUGCUGAUUGUAUUUUAAUUAUGUAAGCUGAUAAAAGCAGUGUGUUAUUUUGUGAAGUGGAGUGCUGAGGGUAUUAUAUUAAUAAAUAAGUAUGUAUUCUGCGA